AUAAUGUCCGUGGAACAAUUCAUCAACGACCAACUACACUCAAUCGUGGGUAUCAGCGAUCGAUCAAUAUGUCAAUACGUGCACGCACUAGCAAAAAAGGCGAAAAGCGCGCCGGAUUUAGUGGAAAAACUGCGUGACGCCGGAGAUUUUCCGAUUUCCCCAGCGAUCCAGUCAUUCGCAGAUCAGCUGAUGAGUCGAAUGCCCCGGCAGGCAACUUCAGCGCGACAACGUGGUCCGACAACAGCAGAGCUUGCCGAGCAGGAGCUAAACCGUCUGAAUCGGGCGGUCGGAGUGUUGGAGGAUUAUUCGGCGAGCUCCACAAAAACCAAAAAUGUCAGAAAAAGAAAAGAGAGCAGUAGUGAAGACGAUGAAGCUCCGAUUAAAGCUAGUAAACCAGGAAAAUCUGUGAAACCUUCAAAAUCCGACGAUUCUGAGUCCGAUAUAGAGGCGAUGGAGGCAAAGCUGGACGCAGAUAUCGCUGAAAGAGACGCCUUGGCAGCACGAAUUAACAAAAAAGAAAAGGAUAAAACUCGAAAUGUUAUGGAGAAAAAGCGAGAUGAUAACAAGGACAAAGAGGGUUCCUCCAUGGACAAACUCCGAGAGGAGUCCAGAAGGCAGUACCUGAAAAAACGAAAAGUCGACAAGCUGGAGGAACUGGAGGCGAUAGUUCACGAUGAUCAAACUCUAUUCGCUAGGGAGAAGCUCACGAAACGUGAAAAAGCGGAUAUGGAGUACCGGAAAAAAGUUCUCGAAUACACGAAAGCCCAUGGAAAAGCCGGUGACGUCAUGAAAAUGAAGAGAUAUCAUCUGCCGGACGCCUCAACGAAACAGAUCCCUUCACAGUACGUGGAGGAUGAUGAGGAGGACUUCAGGCCAGGCGGUGAUGGUGCAAAGUGGGAAGAGGAGCAGCUGAUGGCCUCGAUGCUUCACCUGGGAGCCAAGGAUGCGAAGCGGAAGGAGCAAGAGUUUGAGCUGUUGCUUGAUGAGAAAGUGGACUUUAUUCAGGCUCUUCAGAUGCCUGGAACCAAUGAGGAAGUAGUAGAGACAGAAGCCGAGAAAAAGAAAAUGUCAAUUGAAGAAACGAGAAAGUCGUUGCCGGUCUACGCAUUCCGUGAUGCUUUCAUCGAAGCUGUUAAAGAGCAUCAAGUGCUCAUUAUCGAGGGAGAAACCGGAUCGGGAAAGACGACACAGCUACCACAGUAUCUUUAUGAAGCUGGAUUUUGUGAAGGUGGGAAGCGUAUCGGAUGUACGCAGCCGAGACGUGUCGCCGCAAUGUCGGUUGCCGCUAGAGUUGCUGAUGAAGUUGGAUGCAAGCUGGGCACUCAGGUCGGCUACAGUAUUCGUUUCGAGGAUUGCACAUCGGAGAAGACUGUCCUCAAAUACAUGACAGACGGAAUGCUGCUCAGAGAGUUUCUCAACGAACCCGAUUUGGCUAGUUAUAGUGUAAUGAUGAUUGACGAGGCUCACGAACGUACUCUACACACGGAUAUUCUAUUCGGUUUAGUCAAAGAUAUUGCAAGAUUCCGAAAGGAUUUGAAGCUUCUCAUCUCUUCUGCAACACUUGACGCUGAAAAGUUCUCCAGUUUCUUCGACGACGCUCCGAUUUUCCGAAUUCCGGGACGCAGAUUCCCGGUGGACAUUUACUAUACACAGGCUCCCGAAGCGGACUACGUCGACGCGGCUAUCGUCACAAUUAUGCAGAUUCACUUGACCCAGCCACUUCCCGGCGAUAUUUUGGUAUUUCUGACUGGUCAGGAAGAAAUCGAAACUGUACAGGAAGCACUUAUGGAACGGUCGAAAGCACUGGGAUCGAAGAUUAAGGAGCUUAUUCCGCUGCCGGUUUAUGCGAAUUUGCCCAGUGAUUUGCAGGCGAAGAUUUUCGAGCCAACGCCGAAAGAUGCGAGAAAGGUGGUCCUAGCAACUAACAUUGCUGAAACUUCAGUCACAAUUGAUGGUAUCAACUAUGUAAUUGAUCCAGGAUUCUCGAAACAAAACUCAUUUGAUGCACGAAGUGGUGUUGAACAUUUGCAUGUUGUCACUAUUUCCAAGGCUGCCGCAAAUCAACGAGCCGGUCGUGCCGGUCGUACUGGACCCGGAAAAUGCUUCAGACUCUACACAGCGUGGGCCUAUAAGCAUGAGCUCGAAGAGCAACCGAUCCCCGAAAUCCAGCGAACAAAUUUGGGAAAUGUGGUGCUAAUGCUCAAGUCACUAGGCAUCCAUGAUCUCGUUCAUUUCGAUUUUUUGGAUCCUCCACCACAGGAGACGCUUGUCAUUGCACUCGAACAACUCUAUGCUCUCGGAGCACUGAAUCAUCGUGGAGAGCUGACAAAGUUGGGACGACGAAUGGCUGAAUUUCCGUGUGAUCCGUGUAUGAGUAAAAUGAUUAUCGCCAGUGAGAAGUAUGAGUGUUCCGAGGAAAUUGUAACGAUUGCGGCAAUGCUUUCGUGUAAUGCAGCUGUGUUUUAUAGACCGAAAGCCCAAGUAAUUCACGCGGAUUCGGCACGUAAAGGCUUUUGGAGUCCCGCCGGAGACCAUAUCACCCUAAUGAAUGUCUACAAUAAAUGGCAAGAGUCGAGCUUCUCGCAACGUUGGUGUGUGGAGAAUUAUGUGCAACAUCGAACAAUGAAAAGAGCGCGAGAUGUUCGAGAUCAGUUGGUUGGACUUUUGGAACGGGUCGAAAUUGAGACGAAAUCUUCAACUGACACAAUCAAGAUUCGAAAAGCAAUCACAGCCGGAUAUUUCUAUAACGUUUCAAAAUUGGAUAAUACUGGACACUACAAAACGGUCAAGCACAAGCACACCACACAUCCCCAUCCAAAUUCGUGUCUUUUCGAGGAAACGCCUCGAUGGGUUGUCUAUUUUGAGUUGGUAUUCACCAGCAAGGAAUUCAUGAGAGAGAUGUCGGAAAUCGAAAGUGGAUGGCUGUUAGAAGUGGCGCCCCAUUAUUAUAAGGGUCGAGAACUGGAAGACGCGACGAACAAGAAAAUGCCGAAGAAUAAGGGAAAAUCGGGAAAAGAUUUGGAACGAUGAUUGUUUUGGCGCCGAAAAAAAGUUUUUGUUGUAUAUUACCUAUUUAUUUUGUUCGUGUUUUUUUUGUUUGUUAAAAUCGCACCACUUUUUAUUCAUUUUUUCUCGGACUUUUGUCAUAAACCCGCUGAAAUUGACUGAAAUUUUUUAGUCCAAUAAAAAAUUUUUAAAUU